CAGUGACGGUGUGGUGACGAACAGCGAGUUGCCAACUCAUGCCUCGUUUCCGCUGCGUGUAAGCACUGCUUUUUCUUCAUGGUGCGUUAAAUGAUGAUCGCAAAAAAGUUGUCAGUCAGUUUGACAGAUACACUCAUCGCGGUUAGCCGGCGGGGGACCCUUUCCAGUUAAAGCAUCAUUCGACAAGACGGGUUGGUGUUGGAUUGUUUUGAGUCCCUUCUCUCUGGUUGAACUUCAUACACCCGGACAUGAACCUUUAGGGUGUUCAUGGUUCCUUGAUUCAACAUUUUGGUCCAAGCUUUGGCGCUACCGUCACCAACACUUAGUGUACUUCAUUGGACUUUUGAAGCUGGGGGCGAGGGCAUGUGAUGCUAUCGUGGUAUGAACAUCGAUAGAUACACGAACAUGAUUCAUGCCGGUUCAAAUUCUAAGGUUCAUCUCUGUACAUGAAUGUCACAUUAUAAACAGUGAUUUUAGGUGACUUGGUUUUGAGAGUUUUUUGUACGUCGUGUGGUUACAAGUAAAUAUUAUUUGACGAGAUUGCAAAUCUGACGUUUUGAUAAACUGUGGUACAGAAUGGCAGCGACCACAACGGGUCAAGAACUGACUUCAAGCUCAUCGUAUCUCGUCACUUAUAAUGACACCGGGAACACGGGGUACGAAAGCACCCCCUUCUACGAGUCCACAUCCCCGGGGACGAACGACGACUACGACGGGGAGUUUAAAUUUGACGACUACACUCAAAGAUGCAUUGUGUCGGGCAUUUUUAUCGUCGUCUGUAUCGUAGGGACUUUCGGCAAUGGCUUGGUCAUUCUUGCCGUCUUGCUGUCCAGAAAACUCCGGACGGUCACCAAUGUCUUCGUGGUCAACCUUGCAGCGGCUGAUCUCCUGGUGUGCUUCGUGCUGCCUUGGAACGCCGUGGGACUGCUGACCAAACCGGGAGACGGGUGGCCACUGCCGGAUCAACUCUGCGUAGCUGUGGCAUUGAUUAGCUUCACCUGCGUAGGGUGUAGUUUGUACACCCUAGCCACCAUCGCCAUCAACAGGUGGAUGUUAAUCACACGGCCUUCUAAGACAUACAGGACUUGUUACACCCCAGCCUAUCUAGCGGCCAUGAUCGUCAUCGUCUGGCUGGUGCCGUUCUUAGUAGCAUUCGUCCCGCCUAGGUUUGGGCUGGGUGCUCUGGGCUACACGGAGAAAUACAGCACCUGUACGCAUAAGAACGCGCAUGCUUUAGCGAUGUACUACAGUCUCCUCCAAUCUGUGGUGUUAUUCCCUGUCCCCUUCGUCAUCAUCAUCGUCAGCUACGUGAAGAUCUUCAAGCACGUGAAGCAGCACACCAAAGUGAUGAAGGACCAGUCUGAGAUGUCUGCUGAGACUUCAAACAACCGCGACUCCACCCACGAGUCAGUGAACACACGGGACAGCGCCAUCCGUGGUACCUCAAAGUCAGACCUGUCCCCCAGGCGGCCCCGAGACGCGAGCGUCAUCAAGAAACGCCUCAGUAGACGUCAGGUCGAGAUAACCAAGAACCUUUUCUAUGUCGUGUGCGCGUUCACCAUCUGCAUCGUGCCGUACGGAGUGGCCCUCUUGAUACCUCCAAGCGACCCGGUCAUUCCGUGGACGGGAGCUUUACUUGUGAUUAACAGCUGCAUCAACCCCAUCAUCUACGCCACGAAACACCCGUACUUCAAGCAGGUCUUCAGGCUCAUGCUGGGGUGCCAAUGUGGUAAGAUCCCUGAGCAGUCAAACUUCCUCCGCUCAGUGAGGUCUACGGUGAGGCGAACGUGAACCUCAACUUGAGGCACACGUUAACUUUAAAAAUACAAUCCGGUUAAAGCUGACCUAAUUAUUCACACCGCUUUAGUGGGGUUCAACGUGAGGUUAUUUGAAACCUCAGUUUGGGCAUCUUCCUGAGUCCAUGGUUUGUGGAAAAACUAUACACUUGAAAACAAUUAUGUCGAGAUGCCCCUGGAGGUAAACCCAAGCAGUUGAACCCCGUACCGUCACUUAGUGACGGGUCCAGACGACGUGAUCUCAAACUUCAGUAUGGGCAUCUUCAUACAACAAACAUAACUUGUCAUCUAACUUUAUUAAAACAAAUAAUAUAAUGUUGCGGUGCCUCACCCGCACGCUUUCGAGCGUUAUAGUGAUGUUCACAGUGAAGUUCUCAAACUUCAGUUUGGGCAUCUCUCUCCAUGGUUUUGAGCAAGUUGUCAUGACGGGUUAAAACAUGUUGGGGUGCCUCUGGGGUGUAUACCCGAGGUUCACACAGUGUGGUGAUGUCAAACUUCAUCAGUUCAAACAAAACAUUUACUUAUCAUUUUAAAAACAGAAUGCUGGGGUAUCAAAUGCGGAAAACAACGCUAAGUUUUUGAACACCACUAUUGGUAAUUACUCAAAAUAAUUAUUAGCAUAAAACCUUCGAGUAAUGUGGAGAAGUUGGUAGUAUAAA